AAGAUGCGAAAGAAAGCGAGAGGAAAAAAGGGAAGAAGAAGAGAAGAAGAAUAAAUAGAAUAGAGCGGGGGGGUUUAUACUCGCGCUAGUGAGACACUUCCUUCCCUUUUCGGACAUCCUUCCUUCUGCUCUUGUCGACAACCUCAUCGGUGCGCCUUCCUUGCCACUUCCCUACUCUUGCCAUCUACCCGCUCCGGAAGCGACUCUCCGAUCGAGCUGGUAGACGUACGACGGGAUGCGAUGCCUGGAAUUCAUCUGCAGCCUUGACUCAUCCUGGCUUUAAACGAGCCCAUGCAGGCGGGACGGCAUUACCCAGCAACCAUGUCCGCCACACUGAGCUCCUCCCAGCUGGACGCGUACCUCGAGUACAUUGCGCUCCCGGCGACGUAUCUAACCGCGGUGCCGUACGAGAAUCUGUCGCUGCACUACUAUAAGCACGCGCGGAGCUCGCUCGACGUCCAGGUUCUAUUCCGCAGGGCUGCAGAGCCACGGGCUCCCACUCGUCCCUGACCUUGUCACCCCUAACAUCGGCACCCAGAAGAUGCGUGUCGUCCGCGAGGGAUCCCGCACCAUCCAACCAUGAAUUCCCUUAUAUUCCCUAGAGCCGACUCGGCGGAAGCGCGCAACCGGCCGAUGGAGGCGCUGGCACACGCACGCGCACAUGGUUCGG